AUGUUCUUUAACAGUACAGCAUAUAUUUUUGGUUUUAUAGGAGUUUUAAUUCCAAGUUUAACAUUUGGUUAUAUCAAAAAAGUAGGAAAUAGAUAUCUUGAUAUAGAUUACUAUAAAGAAGAGCUUAAAUUAAGAGAAGAGGCACAAACUCUAUUUUAUGACAAAUCACUUUCAAGUGGAUUUUUAAAAAAUAUUAGUGAACAAAAGAGAAAUAUUGUUGAAAGAAAGGAUAAUCAAGAAUUAAUACUGGCAAGCAAAAAUGAUAACCAUUUGGAUAAUAUUAAAAAUUCAAAUACUACAAAGGAAUAUACAGCAGUAGCACAUAAUUUUUUUCCAUUUCCUGUACAUAAGAUGGAUAAUGGUUUUACUUUAACUAUGGGUAUUUUAUUAGAUAGAAAUAUUACAUAUCCAAUAAAUAUAAAAUUUAUAGGUAGAAAUCAGCAGAUAGUAAUAAGUUUGUUUAUAGAAGAUUGCAAGAUUUAUGCAAUAGCCCCUAGAAAUAAUUUUGAAAUUGAGCCAUUUGAUAGCUCACCUCUUCCAGAACCAAUUAGCACUCGCAAUAAGUUUGAAUUAUUGUUUUUAUGGGAUAAUGAGAAAUAUGAAGUGAUAUAUAAAAAUUCUAAGUUAUAUAUUCCAUUAAUUAGUAUUGUAAACACAAGAUUUGCACUAAUAGCAUAUGGUAUAGCAUUUUCAGGGAAACUUGAGCCCUUGGAUAUAUUAUGGAAUUAUAAGGAUAAAUAUUUAAAUCAAAGGUAUAUCUGCAACAUAUCUAAUUAUGAGGAUCGAUGUAAAAGCUAUGAAAUUAUGUUUAACGCAAAAAAUAAUACAUUUAAUGGUUGGGAUCCAAAUAUUGGUUUUCUCAAAUUAGCUUUUCAGUAUCCUUCAAUUAAUGCCUUGCCCAUACAGUUGAAUAUUGAAGAUAUUAAUAAUGAAAUUAUAGGUACUGCAAUGUUUUAUCAAAGAAAUAUAACAAUUAACCUAGGUAAUAAAGAAAUGAAAUUAAUAACUUUUAAUAAGAAUUAUAUAACAAAUGAAUGGAUUAAUAUUGAUCUAUUUUAUUUAACUAGUGAUUAUCAUAAAAUUAUAAAUGAUACGGGGUAUAAAACAAACAAUUUUACAAAUUAUACUAAUGUCAUGGAAUUUAAUACUAAUACUAGUCAGUCCUGUAUUAGGACAAUUCAGGAGAAUUAUAAUUUGUUUGAACAAAUUAAUGAGGAAAUUAAAGUGCAGAAUUCAAAGAAAUAUUUUAAAAUUGAAGAUAUUAAUGAAGAUAUUAAUCAAAGGAAUAGAUAUUAUUUGUAUUUUGGAGUUAAUGAUGAGUUAAUUGGGGUUAUUCAAUUGGAAGUAUUUAAGCCACAUUACAUUUACUUUUCAGGUAUAAAUACUCAAACAAAUUCUAAGAAUAAAUAUACACCUUUGGUAUAUUGGCGUUUGAAAGGUGGUCUUCCAAUAUAUCUAUAUAAACAUCAAAAAAAGUCAAAUUAA